GCUUGUUUAAAAAAUGUUGGACCCGGACCCAACCCGGAGGGUGUGGGUGUGCAUGUCAGUAAAGGAAAGAUCUAUAAUUACACCCACCCACACCCUUUUCCUAUUUUAUUUGUUCUAUGUUCUUCAUAUAUUUAUAGAUCCAUACUACCACCUUUCGAAAUUCAGAUAAAACUGCAGUAAAAUUAGCUAUAUAUUUAAAAUUAAUUGGUGAAUUUUCAGGAAUCUUAAAUUCUGCACGAAUUUCUAAUCAUCUCAUUCUUUUCUUAAUUUUACCAAUUUUUAAGUCUUUAAAAAUUAUAUUGAAUUUGUCAACAAAAACAUCGUAGCUUAAGGCUAAGUGAAAUUGGGGAGCAAAUGUCAUCAGGGAGCAAGUAUCCAGGGAGCAAUUGACAUAGGAGAGCAAGUGUCCGGGGAGCAAUUGUCCUUGGGGAGCAAAUGUCCUUGGGGAGCAAAUGUCAUGAGAGCAAAUGUCGCGGGAACAAUUGUCGCCGGAGAGCAAUUGUCCGGGGAGCAAUUGUCGCGGGAGCAAUUGUCUGGGGAGCAUCAUUCAUGGAUUCAACAAUAUCAUAUACAUCGUAAAACAAAAAUUCCAAGUAGAUUUAAUGAUUGUUUUAUUAAUUCAACAGUUGGACAACGUGAAACAUUAUCUACAUCAACAGAUUUUAUGAAUCAAAUUUAUUUUCCUUUAAUUGAUUCUAUGUUAGUUAUAUUAAAUGAUAGAUUUUCAUUAAAAACAUUGUCAUUUAUGAACAGUAUUGCUACAGUUUAUCCCGAGAGUAAAAACUUUUUAAGUAUCAAUGAUGUUGAUGAAUUUAGUCGCCAUAUUGAUGUUGAUUCAAACGCUUUAAAAAAUGAAUUUAUUGUUAUAAAAACUAUGCUCAUGUCUAAAACAAUCAAUAAUGUUAUUCAGUUCUUGAAUGAAUUAAUUCCAUUCUCAACUGCAUUUCCACAAACAUUACGGAUGAUCAAAAGUGCAAUUACAAUGCCAAUUUCACAAGUCGCUUGUGAAAGAUCGUUCUCGAAGAUGAAGAUAAUCAAGAACUAUCUCCGCAAUUCAAUGUCUGAUAAACGCUUAAGUGACUUGACAGUCGUGGCUGUUGAACGUAAUAUUGCUAUAGAUUAUGAACGAAUAAUAGAUAAGCUUGCACGAAAUCAUAAGAAUAGCAGAAUUUUAUUGUAUUAA